AUGCGGCUGAAAAAGCACCGCACCACCCGAAACCUGAUCCGCGAAUGCGUAGGCACCGCGCUGUAUCAUGCCUUUGCCUGCGGUGUCGUCGCUCAGGCCUAUCUCGACACCGGAGUGGUGGGUUUGUUUUUGGAGAUGAGCGUGGGCCAUGCCGCCGCCUGGAUCAUGGGCGCUAUCAUCAGCGGUGAGGACAAUGUCACAUUCAUGAAUCCUGCGGUGGCCUUUGCAAGCAUGCUGGUCGGUCGACUGAAUUUUGUCAUAAUGAUCUUCUUCUGGGUGGCAGAGGUGCUGGGCGGUUUUUUGGGCGGUCUUCUCUUCAUAUGGAUUUACUGGCAGAAAAUAUGGAAGUAUGCGCAUGAGUAUGACAACGAUAAACUGCUCAUGAACUCCACGGGGAGACUGGCGGUCGGCUCUGUGGAUUGCGAUAAUAAUACCGUUUUCGUUGACCAAUACAUUGUUGGUUGGGGCCGCGGCGCCUUUACCUAUAGCCACUACUCAUUUUUCAUCCUCGUCUCAACGCCCUUCCUCUCCUCUCUCACCGCCGUUCUCGCCUAUGAACUCUUUGUUGGCAUUCAUCUUCCCGGCGCUGGGGAAAAUUCGAAAAACUUCGAGGUGAAACCAAGUUGA